AUGCGCGACUAUCGAUACGUGUAUGGUUCCUGUCUUAUUCACGAAGAGAGCGAGAAAAAUGGAGUGGUUAAAGUUGAUCUGAAAGAUGGAACUUCGAAAUUAUGGUGCAAAGACGCUGAAGACCACUUAUGCGGAGAGCCGAUUCUAGUGAACAAACCCGACUAUUCCAAAGAGGAUGAAGGAGUACUGAUUGUGCCGGUGGUCACGUGUCGAGAAGGCGACACACCGUAUGUUGUGGUGCUUGACGCUGAAACCAUGGAGGAGCAGGCUCGUUUUAUGGUUCCUCAGUCGCGGAUUCCAUUGGGUUUCCAUGCGCACUAUACUCAACGAUCGAAUUGA